AUGGCGAGGCUUUGGAAAGCGAAGGUAGUGGCUGCUGGAGCGCUUUUACUUUUGCAGUGCUUGGCUGACCGGGUACAAUUCAUCGGAGCCAUGAAACCGAAGCAGAGUCUCGGUGCAUUUUAUGAAAUGGUUCAGAACUUCCCUCGAGUGGAGGAAAAUGUGCACAUGGACUCCUACAGAUAUAGCCACAGAUGGAAACGACAUUCGGAAUUGCUCAAAUCAGUGGACACCAACAGAGCCAGCAUAGGACAGGACUCCUCAAAACCUGGAGGUUUUACAGAUCUACUUCCUGAUGACACGCAUGAUAACACUACGCAAAUUGAGGAAGACAUGGAUCACAAUUAUUACACUUCAAGGAUAUAUGGCCCAUUUGAUUCUUCCAGCCGAGAUUUGUGGGUAAACAUUGAUAAAAUGGAAAAAGAUAAAGUGAAGAUUCAUGGAAUACUCUCCAAUACCCACCGACAAGCCGCAAGAGUGAAUCUAUCCUUCGAUUUUCCAUUUUAUGGCCAUUUCCUACAUGAAAUUACUGUUGCAACUGGGGGGUUUAUUUACACAGGAGAAGUUGUGCAUCAGAUGUUAACAGCAACACAGUAUAUUGCACCCUUGAUGGCCAAUUUUGACCCAAGUGUUUCGAGAAAUUCUACUGUAAGAUACUUUGACAAUGGCACUGCACUAGUUGUUCAAUGGGAUCAUGUACAUCUACAAGAUAACUACAAUCUGGGCAGUUUCACUUUUCAGGCAACUCUUCUCAAUGAUGGCCGUAUAAUUUUUGGCUAUAAAGAGAUUCCUGUCUCAGUGUCCCAGAUAAGUUCAACUAAUCAUCCUGUUAAAGUGGGGCUGUCAGAUGCAUUUGUGGUUCUCCACAGGAUCCAGCAAAUUCCCAAUGUUCGUAGAAGAACAAUCUAUGAAUAUCACAAAGUGGAACUUCAGAUGUCCAAGGUUACCAAUCUGUCAGCUGUUGAGAUGAUUCCUCUACCCACUUGUCUUCAGUUUAACAGAUGUGAACCCUGUAUCAUGUCUCAGAUUGGCUUCAACUGCAGUUGGUGCAAUAAACUCCAAAGAUGUUCCAGUGGCUUUGAUCGUCAUCGUCAAGAUUGGGUAGAUAGUGGUUGCCCUGAAGAGUCAAAAAAUAAGGUUUGUGAGAAUACAGACACAACCCAAACUCCUCUUCAUAUCACAACUGCACUACAGCAAACCACAAUGAGAUACAGAGUUUUAACAACUACCAGAGGAGCCAUUACAUCACAUCUGCCAACUAGUCUACCCACAGAAGAUGAUACCAAGAUAGCUCUACACCUAAAAGAUAAUGGAGCCUCUACAGAUGACAGCACAGAAGAGAAGAAAAGUGCCACUCUACACACUGGCUUAAUUGUUGGGAUUUUCCUUCUGGUUCUGAUAGUAGCUGCAGCAAUCCUUGUUAUUGUUUAUAUGUAUCACCAUCCCACCUCUGCAGCAAGUCUCUUCUUCAUUGAGCGUCGCCCAAGCAGAUGGCCUGCAAUGAAAUUUCGGAGAGGAUCCGGACACCCCUCAUAUGCUGAAGUGGAACCAGUUGGUGAGAAGGAAGGCUUCAUUGUAUCAGAGCAAUGCUAGAAUUAUUCUGUGACAAAUCACCAGUACUGGCCUACUGGUGUGAGAAGUUUAUUCU